AUGUCUACACGGGAGUCUUUUAACCCGGAAAGUUACGAAUUGGAUAAGAGCUUCCGAUUAACGAGAUUUACUGAACUGAAGGGCACUGGCUGCAAAGUGCCCCAAGAUGUCCUGCAGAAAUUGCUGGAAUCCUUACAAGAGAACCACUUCCAAGAAGAUGAGCAGUUCCUGGGAGCGGUUAUGCCAAGGCUUGGCAUUGGGAUGGAUACUUGUGUCAUUCCUUUGAGGCAUGGUGGUCUUUCCUUGGUGCAAACCACAGAUUACAUUUAUCCUAUCGUCGAUGACCCUUACAUGAUGGGCAGGAUAGCAUGUGCCAAUGUACUCAGUGACCUCUAUGCAAUGGGAGUCACAGAAUGUGACAAUAUGCUGAUGCUCCUUGGAAUCAGUAAUAAAAUGACCGAUAGGGAAAGGGAUAAAGUGAUGCCCCUAAUUAUACAGGGUUUUAAAGAUGCAGCAGAGGAGGCAGGAACAUCUGUAACGGGCGGACAAACAGUGUUAAACCCUUGGAUUGUUUUGGGAGGAGUGGCUACAACUGUCUGCCAGCCCAAUGAAUUCAUCAUGCCAGAUAAUGCAGUGCCUGGGGACGUGCUGGUUCUGACCAAACCCCUGGGGACGCAAGUGGCCGUGGCUGUGCAUCAGUGGUUGGAUAUUCCUGAAAAGUGGAAUAAAAUUAAACUAGUGGUAACUCAAGAAGAUGUGGAGUUGGCAUACCAGGAGGCGAUGAUGAAUAUGGCAAGGCUCAACAGAACAGCUGCUGGACUCAUGCACACGUUCAAUGCCCACGCUGCCACUGACAUCACUGGUUUUGGAAUUCUGGGCCACGCACAGAAUCUGGCUAAGCAGCAGAGGAACGAGGUGUCCUUUGUAAUUCACAACCUCCCUGUCCUGGCCAAGAUGGCUGCUGUGAGCAAGGCCUGCGGGAACAUGUUUGGCCUCAUGCAUGGGACCUGCCCGGAGACAUCAGGAGGCCUUCUAAUCUGUUUACCACGUGAGCAAGCAGCUCGGUUCUGUGCAGAGAUAAAGUCUCCCAAAUAUGGUGAAGGUCACCAAGCAUGGAUUAUUGGGAUCGUAGAGAAGGGCAACCGUACAGCCAGAAUCAUAGACAAACCCCGGAUCAUCGAAGUCGCACCACAGGUGGCCACUCAAAAUGUGAAUCCCACACCUGGUGCCACCUCUUAA